UUGGAAUAAAUGGAGGCGAUAAGGAUGAGUUGUGGAGGAGGAGGAGGAGGGAGGAGAAGAAGCCGAAGAAGAAGAAGAAGAAGAAGAAGAAGAAGAGGAUAACAGUAACAGAGCAGGAGAGUAACAGGACGAUUGUAAUCUGCCAGUCGCUGUCACAGUAGGGAUCGUUCACCGGCAUGGACGGAGGAGGCGACGCGCAGGUCAACGGCGGCGGUGCUGCUACGGCGGCCACGGUCGGAGUGCAGAUCCAUCACGGGCAGAGCCGGAGACUGCCGGACUUCCUCCAGAGCGUGAAUCUCAAGUAUGUAAAGCUAGGUUACCAUUACUUGAUUUCGAAUCUGUUGACUCUCUGUCUGGUGCCUGUAAUGGCCAUGAUCUUAAUCGAGGCUUCGCAAAUGAAUCCAGCCGAUAUUCGCCACUUGUGGCUUCACCUGCAGUACAAUCUGGUGAGUGUGAUUAUCUGUUCGGCUGUUCUGGUCUUCGGAUCGACGGUCUAUAUUAUGACUCGGCCUAGACCGGUUUAUCUCGUCGAUUACUCGUGUUAUCGGGCCCCCGAUCACUUGAAAGCGCCGCACGAGCGGUUCAUGAAGCAUUCGCGGCUGACCGGGGACUUCGACGAGUCGUCGUUGGAGUUCCAGCGCAAGAUUUUGGAGCGCUCGGGACUCGGCGAGGAGACGUACGUCCCCGAUGCGAUGCAUUACAUUCCGCCGCGCCCGUCCAUGGCGGCAGCGAGAGAUGAGGCCGAGCAGGUUAUGUAUGGCGCUUUAGACAAUCUUUUUGCUAAUACCUCUGUUAAACCCAAGGAUAUUGGAGUUCUGGUUGUGAAUUGUAGCUUGUUUAACCCCACGCCUUCUCUUUCGGCCAUGAUUGUGAAUAAGUAUAAAUUGAGGGGUAAUAUUAGAAGUUUCAAUUUGGGGGGUAUGGGUUGUAGCGCUGGGGUGAUUGCAGUUGAUCUUGCAAAAGAUAUGCUGCAAAUUCAUCGGAAUACUUAUGCUGUUGUGGUUAGUACCGAGAACAUCACUCAGAAUUGGUAUUUUGGGAAUAAGAAGUCCAUGUUGAUACCUAAUUGUUUAUUUAGAGUUGGUGGUGCCGCAGUUUUAUUGUCAAAUAAGUCUGCUGAUAGCAGACGGGCCAAGUAUAAGCUUGUUCAUGUAGUGAGGACACACAAGGGUGCAGAUGAUAAGGCCUUUCGGUGUGUUUAUCAAGAGCAAGAUGAUAUAGGGAAAACUGGCGUGUCCUUGUCUAAAGAACUCAUGGCAAUUGCUGGUGGAGCUCUUAAAACAAACAUAACUACAUUGGGUCCUUUGGUGCUCCCAAUUAGUGAGCAGCUUCUGUUCUUUGCUACUCUGGUUGUUAAGAAGUUAUUUAAUAGAAAGGUCAAGCCCUAUAUUCCGGAUUUCAAGCUGGCUUUUGAUCAUUUCUGCAUACAUGCUGGUGGAAGGGCAGUGAUUGAUGAGCUGGAGAAGAAUUUACAGCUACUGCCAUUACAUGUGGAAGCCUCUCGGAUGACUCUCCACCGAUUUGGGAACACUUCAUCAAGCUCCAUCUGGUAUGAAUUGGCAUAUAUUGAGGCCAAAGGAAGGAUGCGGAAGGGGCACCGGGUCUGGCAGAUUGCAUUUGGGAGUGGCUUCAAAUGUAAUAGUGCAGUCUGGCAGGCACUUCAAAAUGUCAAGCCUUCUCAUAAGGGCCCCUGGGAGGAUUCCAUUGACAAAUACCCUGUGAAGCUACUCUUGUAGUCACCAUGAGUAAUCUUGCCUCAGAACUCAUUUGAAUCUGACAAAAUCUUAUUUAAGAGUGAAUACAUAAUGCAACAUGCUGAAGAUACCUAUCCUUGUACACAUACAACAUUACUGGGCGAGGCAUCUACAUGAUAUGUGUCAUCUCUUUAGAGAAAGCAUCUAUUGGUAAAAUGGCAUGCCCAUAUGAAGAUCACUGAAGUGAAUGUUCCAUGAUCAGUUAACUGAGGAACGCGGCUCCUUCAAGGUCCUACUUCCUCCUUUUCUUUUUCUCUUCCUCGUUUUCCAUACUUUCCAGUUGAAGUUCUGGAUGUUGUCAAUGUGGCAGAUACAGGUAAAGGCGUGAAGUUACGAAAAAACUUCAGCUCGGAUGAGACAUACAAAGACAUGGUUUAACCAGGGAAAUGUGAGUCUUACUAAUGUUCUAAUGCUGUUUUUCAAUUGCACCAAUUAUUCUGAUGGGCAAAUCUUGCCAGCCCCAUUAAAAAUGUUUUGGAUGUUCUAUUGAUGGCAUGGGGAAGUGACUAGCACGUGUGUUUUUCCAAUAAAUUGCAUGUCUUUAAUCUUUGAGAAAGUGCUUGAUCUUGAGACACACUCAAUGAAUUUGUUCUCAACCUUCGCUUGCAGAGUGAAACAGACAAUUUUCUUUGUGAAGCAGCCUUUGAUGGAGACUGCUAUGGUUACUAUUAGCUGGCCCUUUGAUAUAUGGAUAUAAAUUUGAAAUCUGGUGAACAACAAGCUUCUUUUUCGUUGUGUUCUUUUGUGCAUCUUACAGCUGGAGUUUUACUCUUUUUGAUGUACUUGUAGUAGUAUUACAUGGGAAAACAUAGGAAACUUCGGCCCCAUUUUAGUAUGACCUCCCAAAUAUUGGCAGCAACUUAGCAACGUUUGAUUGGGGUUUUCUAUUGUUUGGUAGUCAGAAAUGCUAUUUGUACAUAAGAGUUUAUAACACUAAAAUGUAUAAUGCAUUAAAUUUGAGUGCACAAA